UUCUAUGAAGCCACGCCCAUUUUCUUAACGUCCAGAAUCGCAUUUGCUGAUGUGUUUUUAAGGGUCCCAAAGUCCGCUGAGAUUUGGAAUAUUACGUUACAGUCCUGCAGAGAAAAUGGCAACAGUCAUUCAAAAUCCUCUAAAAUCGCUGGGUGACCAGUUUUAUAAGAAGGCCAUCGAACACUGUCGUAGCUACAACGCCCGACUCUGCGCUGAACGCAGUGUGCGCAUGCCCUUCCUGGACUCUCAAACGGGUGUGGCACAGAACAACUGCUACAUCUGGAUGGAAAAGCGCCAUCGUCAGCCAGGUCAGGCGGCGGGACAGAUGUAUACCUACCCCGCUCGUUGUUGGAGAAAAAAGAGGCGGCUCCAGCCUCCGCUGGAUCCCCAGCUCCGCCUCUGUGAGCUCAGACUGGAAGCCGAGCUGGCCCCCAAAAGAGAGGGGCCCCCGGCAGGAGAAGCCACAGCUUUGGAGGCCCUCCUGAGGGGAGACGGCCUGCUGGAGAAAAAAAACAGCCUCAGUAAGGAGGAGGAGACGCUGCUGGAAAUACAGCGAGUUCUGGAGGCGGAGGAAAAUGGCGACGCUUUCCACGACGAUGACGACUUUGAACUGGACACCCCAAAGAGAAAGAACAGAAACAGAGGCAAAAGCAGAGGAUCCAGUCGGAGGCGGGCUGAAACCGUUAACAGCGACGACCAGGACAAACCUUACGUCUGUGACAACAGAUACAAACAAAAGCAUAACUCAAAAAAGGCUGAAGAAGUAUGUGGGAAGCGCUACAAGAACCGGCCUGGCCUGAGCUACCACUACACCCACACUCACCUGGCAGAGGAGGAGGGUGAGGAGGAGAAGGAACCAGAGAUGGUCCCGUCUCCCCCGCAGAGCUCCGAUGACCACAAGCCUCAGAAAGGACCAGAUGGGGGCAUCAUCCCCAACGACUACUGUGACUUCUGCCUGGGAGAUCAGGGCUCCAACAGGAAGACAGGCCAGGCUGAGGAACUGGUCUCCUGCUCGGACUGUGGACGUUCUGGUCACCCGUCGUGCCUGCAGUUCACUGAGAACAUGAUGCAUGCAGUCAGGACAUACCAGUGGCAGUGCAUCGAAUGCAAGUCCUGCAGCCUCUGCGGCACCUCGGAGAACGACGAUCAGCUUUUGUUCUGCGAUGACUGUGACAGAGGGUACCACAUGUACUGCCUGAAGUCUCCAAUGACCCAGCCGCCCGAAGGGAGCUGGAGCUGUCACUUGUGUCUGGAUUCAUUGAAAGACAAAGCAUCAGCCUACGGCGAACCAUAACACGCUGGACAUUCUUCUCAAAGCAUAAACACAUAUUUUCACAUGUACAAAUAACUGAUUGAUAUGAACAUGUUAAAAUAUAAGAGCAAUCAGGGCUUGCACCUCCAGAUCAGUUCAGUUACUGUGACAAUGGUACUAGAUCUCUUUGGAGGAUCUUUUUCAUUCCCCUUCUCUCCAGUGCAUAUCUCCACCUCACUGUCCUCGACUCAAACUACUCCUUACCCUGAGUUUAGAAAAAAUGACUUUGGAAUGAGUUUAUGUCAAACAAAUGGAUACUUAGAGAGACUUACGGCAUAAUACCUGAAUUGAGGGUGAACAUUAGUUUUACUAGCCAUGUGUUAUUUCUCUGGGUAUCAACCAGCACACAGGUGCUUGUGUCUCAGUGUGGCAGAUAGGUUGCUGCUUUCUAGCGGUGGGAAUGGACUGGUGGUCUGUCUUGGUGAUUUACACUGAGGACCCCAAGUAGUUCCGUAGUGCGGUGGACGCGAUGGCGUCUGGUACCAGUACAUGCUUCCAGACCUGAGAUCUGAGUGCACAACCAACUUUGUCACAAUAAAUUUAUUGAAUAGCUGAGUUGUUACUGAAAUACAGUAACAUGUUAAAGCAGGAAUUCCAGUUCCCAGAAACAAGUCAAAGUGGAUCAAAUGGAAAUCUGGUUUGUGAGUAAUUUAAGCCCAAAAGCUGCUUGCAGCCUCAUAGUCAAAUUAGUUAUGUAAUUUUGUGGGGAUUAGUUAACAUACAUUUUUGGAGAGUGCAUGAAAUAGCCAAGCCACUAUGGUGGCCAUCUUGGAUUUGUAAAAAUGGUGCCACAAUUUUUUUUGUUUUUUUGUUUUUUUUUGGGGGGGGGGGGAGGGGGUAGUUUUAAGCAUUUCACUGCAGAUAUCAAAAAUGUUAGGAUCUGGGUUAAUGGGAGAGAGGGCUGAUAUGUCUAGAAGGGACUUACUAUCAUUACAAAAUAUAUAUAUGUUGUACAAUCUGCAUGCCAGUGCCAAACAAAAAGAUCUGAACAUUUCAUCCAUCACUUUGUCUUCUCUGUGCAGUGGCAGACCAACAGAUCAAGUUAGAGGGGGCGAGGGUCAGACAUUCCCCCCCAAUUCAUAAUGGAUGCCACACCAACAAACAUCCAUGCUGCAGCGUAAUUUGCCCGAUCCUCUACCUCUCAUGGAGCUCAACAACAGCAUUGCAGAUGCUAACUCCAUCAACGGCAUCAGCCGUAAGUGAGCUCAAGCGCGUCUAACGCUUCUCUACCUCACCAGCGGUCCUCAGCAAGAAACCAAAGCAAGAUUGAUCACGGACUGCCUGAGCAAGUGUGUGUGUGCACGGGCGCGCGUGUGUAUAUUGUAUGGAGAGAAAAACCAAACGUGAAGUCUAUGGACUGAGGCGGAUAUUUAACCCUGAUUUACGUCUGUGUGAUUUGGACGUCUGUCCUUGGAGCGUAUGCUAAAGCACUUGCUUCCCUCACUGGUCGCAAUUUGGACCGUGCUAAUGUUUGUUUAAAUUUUCAUUUCCAGCUCUUCUGCUCUCCUGUGUUUAGAUUUUAGAGUGACAUUCCAGUGUUUUCACCUGAACAGACUGAACAUCAUCUUCAUGUCUGGCGGAUUUUAUGUCCAAUGCUAACAGGAAACGUUGCUCUAGACCUGACAUUUUUACUCCACAUCUGUUUUCUGUAUUGGCACAGUUACUAGGAUACCACUGUGCUUAAAGGACUUCUGUUUUGUAAAAAAAAAAAAAA